AUGCCUCCUCUGUCGUCUCUCCUGUCAUGGCGCACGCUCGCGAUCCUCUUCACCUUGAUCAACCUCAAAUCCCUGCCACUGGCCUGGCACGUGCGCCUCUUCUACCGCAUGUUCACGAACUGGUACACGGAAGCGCGGGUGCGGCGCAGCAUCAAAUCGCAGUCGGAGGUGUCAGACUCGGUGCACCCCCUGUUCGAGCCCGUGUCCAUCUUCUCGCGCUCCCCGCUCCUCGAGACGGACUACAACCUGCACAAGUCGAACAGCACCUACUUCGUCGACCUGGACGAGAGCCGCACGGUGCUCAUGACGAAGCUCUUGGUGCCGGGCUUGAAACAAGGGGAUAAAGACCUCGAGCGUGAAGGCCACAAGGGACGCCUGAGCGUGAUCCUGGGCAGCGUGCACACGUCAUUCCACAGGGAGAUCAAACCGUACGAGCGCUACGAGGUGCGUUCAAGGAUCCUGGCGUGGGACAACAAAUGGAUCGUGGUGGGCAGCUGGUUCAUCCGCCCGGCGUCGUCGCGGAAGGGGAAACAGGAAGUCCUCCUCGCGUCGGCGCUGAGCAAGUAUGUGGUGAAGAAGGGCAGAUUUACUGUGUCUCCCGAGCGAUGCUUCGCCACGGCCGGAUGGUUGCCGCGCAAACCCGAGAACUGCAGUACCGGCUCCGAGAAGACAAGAGAGAUAUCUGCGUGGUCGUCGUCAUCAGAAGGGUCAGAGCCUACAACUUCGCCGCUUCAGGACGCUCCUCUCAUCACCACCACCGACACCGAGAAGCAAAGCGCCUCCGUCUCCACCUCCGCCAAACCCUCCUCCGAACCGUCGCUGAUCCCAACGCCUCAAGAAGGCCCUCUGGCGGCCCCAAUCCCGGAACCCGCCACGCUGCGCAGCACCGACACCAUCGUCGACAAGCUGGAGACUGUAGCGGAAAAGACCGGUGCGACCGUCUCGUCGUCAUCAACAGCACCGGAUCUCGCGCCGCUCACGGGGGCUAGCGACAAAGCAGUCGGCGGCGAGUGGGACUGGCACCGGAUCGAGAUGGAGCGCAUCCGCGGACUGCAAGUCGCGCAGAACUGGCUGGCGCUGGACAAGGAGCUGAUGCACGAGUUCGUCAGGGGCUAG